GUAGCUGGAUCGCGGGGGAUAGCAGGGAUCCGUGCACGAGGGAUUGUGGAAGCGAGAGCCGGGAACUCAGGAGGACCGAUGAGAGGGCGACAAGGACGCGGAGGGAUGGGGAUUACGGGCGACAUGGGAAUAACAGACCGAGCGUCGUGGGGAUGCUGACGAGGGACAUGCAGGACAAAGAGAAAAAGAAGAAAGAAAGCAUCUUGGACUUGUCUAAGUACAUUGACAAGACCAUCCGAGUGAAGUUCCAGGGUGGCCGGGAAGCCAGCGGGAUCCUGAAAGGGUUUGACCCACUGCUCAACCUGGUGCUGGACGGAACCAUCGAGUACAUGCGAGACCCCGAUGACCAGUACAAGCUGACGGAGGACACACGGCAGCUGGGGCUUGUGGUGUGCCGCGGCACCUCGGUGGUGCUUAUCUGCCCACAGGACGGCAUGGAGGCCAUCCCCAACCCAUUCGUGCAGCAGCAGGAUGCUUAGCAGGUGGGGGCAGCCUCACCCUGGGGCCCUCCCUUCUCUGUGAACUUCCAUUUGGUGUUUUGGUUUCUGUUUUUCUAUUUUGUUUUGUUUUUUAAUAAAAUUGCUGACUUGAGCA